UUGCAGUGGGCAGGAGGUUUUAUUUGCGAAGCCGGGAGCCAUGGCAAUGGCUCCGGUGACUUCUCUGGCCAAUCCCGUUUCCCCGCCCUGCAGAAGCACUGGCACUAGCGGUCCGAGCCAGGGAAAUGCGCCUGCGAGCUCAGCCCGCGCUGCUGCUCCUGAUUCUCCUGCGGACUUUGGCCGCCCAGGGCCGAUCGCCACGGUCACACUGUCUGCAAUACCUCUUCAUGGGCACCUCAGAGAGGGACCUGGGGCUGUCCCUGUUUGAGGCCUUGGGCUACGUGGAUGACCAGUUGUUCGUGGCUUAUAAUCACGAGACUCGCCGUGCUGAGCCUCGCGCCCAGUGGGUCUUGGGUGCGGCCACCAGCCGCCUGUGGCUGCAGCUGAGUCAGAGCCUGAAAGGGUGGGACCACAUGUUCAGCGUUGACUUCUGGACCAUCAUGGACAACCACAACUACAGCAAAGUAACGAAGCCAGGGGUAUUGCCAGAGUCCCACACGCUGCAGGUGAUCCUGGGCUGUGAAGUGCAAGAGGACAACAGCACCAGGGGCUUCUGGAAGUAUGGGUAUGAUGGACUGGACCAUCUUGAAUUCUGCGCUGAGACACAGGACUGGAAAGCAGUGGGGCCCGGGGCCCAGGUCACCAAGCUGGAAUGGGAAAAUACUAAGAUUCGGGCCAAGCAGAACAGGGCCUACCUCGAGCGAGACUGCCCGGAGCAGCUGCGGCGCUUACUGGAGCUGGGGAGAGGGGUUCUGGACCAGCCAGUACCACCUCUGGUGAGAGUGACUCGCCACGAAGCCGCUACAGGAACCACGCUGCGGUGUCAGGCUCUGAACUUCUACCCCCAGAACAUCACCAUGGUGUGGUGGAAGGACAGGCAGCCGCUGGCCACUGAGGACGGCACCCCUAAGAACGUGCUGCCCUGUGGAGAUGGGACGUUCCGGGCCUGGAUGGCUUUGACCGUGCCCUUUGGGGAAGAGCAGAGAUACUCCUGCAGGGUGGAACACCCAGGCCUGGAUCAGCCCCUCACUGCCCGCUGGGAGUCCUCGCUGCCUGACACCCUGGUCAUUGGCAUCAUCAGUGGGAUCGCUGUUUGUGUCAUCAUCUUUAUUGGGAUUCUGCUCAGAAUCUUAAGGAAAAGGCAGGCUUCCAGAGGAGCCAGGGGGGACUAUGUUUUAUCAGAAUAUGAAUGAAGUGACACCUGCAGGCCCCUGGUGGGAAAGAGAAACAGAGACUCAGAGAGAAGGGUGCACUGUGGCCUUCCUCAGGUUUCAAGACAGAGCUGGACCUAACAAAUAGAAACCGCCUGUGGAACUCUGUUCUUAGCCUUCCUCUUCACCCACAAAAAGUUACCCCCAUGUAGGUUUUUGAGUUCCUACAUAUUAAGGAUUCCUAGCUGUGACCUCUCCCCAGGAACUCACUAGAUCUCAGGAAUCUCAAGCUGCAUCUGGAGCCUGUCUUCAUUGCCUGCAUCACCUCAGACUCCAUAUGCCUACAUCUCAUCUCCUUCCUCUGGAGUAGGGCUUCUUAAAUUUGGGGGGCCCUCAUGAUUCCUUGCAACAGCUGAAAAUGCUGUGAACCUACUCAUCAGGACAUACACUCUCAUACCCCUACCAGAACUUUGCACACCCAUCCAGGCAUUUCUUAAACACUCAAGUUUUCUUUGAAUCCUUCCCCCUUCCCCUUUAUACAGUAGUUCAUUGACAAGCCCUUUGGUCUCUUCUAACAGAGAUGUAUCUGGGUCACUGUACAGCUGUGAAAGUUGUGCAUUGUACAACCCAAGGAAGCUCCUUUUACAGAAGCAUACUGUAUGUUUGUGUUAGUGAUUUAUAUAGGUUUAUCCCAAGGUUGUCUUCUCUCAAGUUUUGUUGUCUUUGUUUAGUCCUCCUGGACUAUCUGACUUCAUCUCUGGAGUGUGUUUUGGUUAGCACUUCACAGAAUUUACUAAGAAGCCUCUUUAACUCUCUUGAAGUCCCUGUCUGUACUGUCCCUGAAGCUGCCUAAUGAACCCUAACUUGACCUGGGACUCAUUAGGAUAGUUUUUCAGAAAGUCAGUGGGAUGUGUCUUGAAUAAUAUUUUUUUUUCUAAUUUGGAGAAAGGUGUCAUAGAUAUUUCUUCAGUUUAGUGAUGCCUUUGUAUUUAUCAAUAUAAUGCCUCUCUGGUGUCAGACUAGAAGCACCGACCAUAGUAAUUUUCUACUUGAUCUCUGCGGACCCUCUCUCCUUGUCUUGUUAAAGAAAAUUAUAAUAAGGAUGAUGAUGAUAUUAGUAAUAACGUUGCUGAUACUUAUCCAAAAACACUUAUCUGGUGCCAAACUCAGGUCUGAGCACCUGCUUAUAGGCAUUAUCUCAUGUAAUUCUUGCAACAAUUCUUUGAUGUAUCAAUAGGUAUUAGUAUCAAUAUUAGUAUUAUUAUUUUAGAUGAAGGAAGUACAGAGUCUGCCACAGUUUGCCAGGGAUAGAGACAGGUUUCAAACUCAGUCUGGCACUAUGAUCCAGCUCACAGAGCCCUGCAUUCAGAUGGUUUAGCUACCUGGAAUAAACGGAGAAAGGAGGAGAUAGCUCUUCUCUUGUUUUCUCCUAAUUUUUCAGGAACUUGACCCAAAUGCAGAAAAAACAGCAGAAAACAGUCUCAGCCAUGUUUCCUUCCAAAGUCCCUAGAAUGUGUCUCCCUAGCAUCUCCUGGCAUCUCUUUUAGGCACCCCCAGCACUGCGAUUGGUGGUGUCAACUAAUGGCUGUGUUGGGCCUCCCAGUGUCCUCCCUCCACCACAACCUCUGGAGUCAGGACCCUGGUGCCUUUAUCCUCCAAGAACUGGAGCAAUUUCAUAAUAAAGAUGGUUAACCGGAAGCUACCAGGUGGACUGGCAAAUUCCUGGGGUCCCUGUGACUGCUUCUCAUCCCCUACUGGCACAUUCAAAUGAAUCUAACUAGAUCACUCAGGAAUUGUUACAGGGCGGGCUGAGGGGCACCUCAGGACCCUCAAACUACAUUCUCUAAAUGGAGUCUACCAGCCACCAUGUCAAGAUAAAACAUAGUCUAGUGUGUAAGACCUUCAAUACAAUUAAUGUGCAAUAAAGAGAAGAGAAAGAAUAUAUAUUGCUAGUUUAAAAGUUGUUUUUUUUUUUUUUUUCCAUGAAGCACCCAAAGUUAUGGGUAAAUGCCCAGCCAAACAGGAUUGGCUCAAAGCAGGACCACUAAGGCCUUGAAAGCUUGCUACCUUCUGGUGGGGACCAAUAGGAAAGGGACAGAAGGGACCAGACAAAUCUGGAAGGAAAAGAGCAAAAUAAAAUCCAAGUCAAGAUAAAAGCUGCCAAUGUCAGCCUCCCCACGGGUCUCUCACCUACAUCUCUGCCUCUUUUCAAGUUCCUCCUUCCAUGUCCCCCAUAGUCCCUUCUACAAAUCCAAGGCUGAGAAGCAAGUGCAGCUCCUUCACAUGUCUCUCUGCUCCAAGUGCCUCUUCCAGGUCUCCUUCUUGCUCUCCUUUGGCCUCCCUGUCUGCUCUAGCUCCCCAUCCCUGCUUAGCUCCUCCCUUCCAUAAGAUGGGGCAGGGAACCUGGAACCUCCCCUUUCCUUGGGGAUGACCCCAUUACAGGACUGGAUUCAGGGAAAGUCGUUCAUCUGACCAUAUUUAAAAGAGUACUAAUAUCACACCCUGAUGGCUGGUGUUUCUGCUGCUACAUUUAUUUGAUCACAUAACUGAGAACAAGGCAUUCUUCUGUCUUGGAGGAGGAGUUCCUCUAGAGAUGAAAUACUACUCAAAAGUUUAUUUUGUAUGUCUGGUUUGGGGGCAUGUGGAUCUCAACUAUUUUAUUUUAACCUUUUUUUCUGACUUCUUUACAGUAGUCAAAUGGCUAAAAGUACAUGUAACAUGUGCUUGUACAAAUGCUGAAUCAAAGCUAUUAUUCCAUUAGCCAGUGAUGUUAAUUGGUAUAUUUCCCCUUGAUAUUGCUACCAUAGACAUAGAAAAUUAACAAAUACAUAUAUUUUAAUUAAUGUAUAUUUGUAUUGCAUGAUUUUUCUGACGUACUCGUGCAUCCUAUGUGUAUACUUGAUCAUGCCAUUUGGAGGUACAUACUGCCAAUCUGUUUAUAUUUUGAUUUUAAGGAAAAUUUUAUUAAACUCCUGUAGCUGAAUUAAUUGCUUUUCUUAACUGUAGGGAUAUUAUUAUCUAUGUUGUAAACCAUUGGUCAUUGUACUUCCCAACCAAGCUGAAAGUACACUGACCAAUUUUUUCUCUUUCAAUAUUAUCUGAUACUCAAAGCAGACUGGCAAGGAGCUUCUCUUGCUCUUCUACCUUAUUAAGGAUAUGCUACAAUUCAUUAGGCAGAGGUUGGUUUUACAUUGGUUUUAUUUCACUCAGGCUGAUAUCUCAAGAAACACCUUUUAAGAUAGCAGUUACUGUCAGCAGGUGUAAACUUUUGAGUCUUUUUUAUAACACUUUUUUAUAACACAGUUAUAAGUGUUUAUUUUCUUUAAUUAUUUCUUAUUUUUUCUGGCUUUCAUGAAUUCUUAAGAUCAGCCUCAUUUGAAAAAUUGAAAACUUACACUUUGUAUCUUUCAAAGUUUGUAUCUUUCAUCCCUGGCAAGACACCCUAGAACAAAGCGCGGUAGCACAGAGUGGCGACACCUUGUGGCCAUAGUCAAAUAUGUGAUGGGGUCUUGUGACAAGUGAGCGGGGAUGGGAGCUUUUUCUGAGCUGAAAGCCAUUGACAAGGGUGGGGACUUGGCGACCACUUGUGGAGAAAUGCUCUUAAAAUUUUGAGGAAACCAAGAAGAAAUUCAUCACCAGUUAUUUGAAUCUCUGGAAUAAGAGGGCACUGUUGAGCUGCCUGAACAAGGAAUAGAAGGGAAGGAAAACAAUUUACCAGGUAAUCCGUGAGGCUAGAGGAAGCAGUUAGUCAAAGUCUGCUGGGACUUCCUAAUACAUUCUUGUUAUAAUAAUUUAGUCUUAGAGUACUGUGUAUUCUUGCACAUUACAAAAUAUUCUUCAUGCACACACACACAUCACUUAGAAACAUAAGGUGUCUAAAUAUGCUAAAAGAUUCUUGUAAAUUACCUUUUCUUCCUCUAACCAUUCUUUUUUUUUUUAAUAUUAGAACUCAAAAAUGCAUGACUUUACACAUUAAGCUUUUCACCUAUGUGGACAGAAGUUUGUAUUUUUUAUUUUCUUUUUGUAGACCUUGGGCCAUUUUUUCUUCUCCCAUUUUGAAUCAGUGAUUAACAUGUAAACAGUUACUACAAUAUUAAAUGAAUUUGUGACAAUUUUAUAGAAAGCCUGUAUUGUCUUGACUGCCUGUGCAUUUAUUAAUUUACCCGGCAUGCAUGCUGCUAUUUCACAUAUUGUUUCUGAGUAAUUGUUUACAGUAUUUACUCCUUUAUCACUUGAUUAGAUGAAUUUGCAUUCUCAGUCAAAUCUCUUCCAUUAAAUGAAUAUUUUCUAAAACUAAAAUUUCUCAGCUAAUAAUUACUGAGUUCUUACUAGAUGCCAGGCUAUGAUU